UCACCUCUCCACACUCCCGCCAACUCUUCUUCUCCCCACCCGUAUCGUGUUCCGUGGCCUGUCCCCUUUUUCUCCUGUCCACCUCUUUCCGUCACCCGCUCUCGCCAUGGCUGGCCCAGCGAAGCGUGCCCGUCACCACGACGAAAACUCUGCAUCUCCAGCAGACAGCACAUCCCCCACUCCCGCUGCCUCAGCCCCGCCCGCCGCCACAGACCUCUCCGCGCCGUCCACCCCCACCACAGCUCCGCCCACCACCCGUGCACACUCUGCCUCGCGCAGGCCGGCCACGAGGUCCACACAGUCGAACAACACCCACUUCACUAUCGCUACCCGCCAGACCAACUUCGCUCUCCACGCGUCCAACUCUAUGCCCGCGCCGUCCGGUCCUGGCAUGCGGGGCGUCGGUCGUGCAGGAAUGAAUGGUGGUAGCGGGCGCGCCUUACCAGCCGGGCCGAGCACACGAUCAGGUGGUGCCGGCACGUUACAACGUACACAGUCUGCUCCUGUCAUCGCGUCUCCGGCGCAGAUCAAGGCCGCAGCGGGCGCUAGUGGAGGUGAAACAGAGCCUCCGAAAGGUGGCUGCGACAGCUUGGGAUUGGGUGAACGAAGAUUUGGCAAGGGCAAGGAAAAUAUUCCUCCCAAAAAAGAUGAGGACCAGCAGCCUGAACCUGCCAGGAAGCGUAUGAGAGUGACCAGCAGAGGCUCCUACAGCGGGCAAGGAGGUAGGAAGAGGAGUGGAAGUGUUAACAGUGUGCGUAGUGAGACUACCAGCAGCAGCCGGCAUUCAUCACUCGCACCGUCCUUCUCCUCAGCCUCCAUCAGCGGCUGGGGCGGUCCUCGCUUCCCAUCCCCAUCCCCUUCUCAAGCAUCUUCUUUCGACGCCUCCUCCUUUGACAGACUUUCCGUCAGUGACAGAUCGGGCCAUGCCGCUCAUCUGCCCAAAAACCGACCUGUCACCCGCAGCAUCGCCAUGCUCCCCACACCUCCUCCGUCAACCCCUCCCGAGGAAACUGCAGCCGCUCGUGAUGUCUUGGGAGUAGACAUUUUAGAGGCAAGUGAUGCAGAGACGGAGAAAGCACCUGCAAACCCGUACAAGCAGCUUAAAUCUUUCCUCCGGUUGUCGACGAGCUUUACAGCUGGUGCUUCGGUUGAUGAGACGAUUAUUGGGAGACAAGAGGAAAAGUCGGCUAUCAGGGCGUAUGUUGGCACGUCAGAGGCCGAGAGUGAUGUGGGCAUGUAUGUGUCUGGACCUCCGGGGACGGGCAAGACGGCACUUGUCACGGCGAUGGGUAGAGAAUUGGCAGAGGAUGGAUGGAAGGUGGUGGAAAUUGGAUGUAUGGGGAUCAAGGCCACGGAUAUGUGGAAGGAAAUAGGAGAAGCCCUAGAUUGUGGCAAGACAGAAAAUGAUAUCAGGAAAUACGUGGCUCAAGAGGAGAACAAGGUUUUCAUUAUCCUCGAUGAAGUCGACUCUCUCAUGCCUCCUCCCCCUGCCGCCGCCCCACCUUCCAUUUCCCAUCUUUUCGCCAAGCUUUUCGCUCUCCCUCUCACCUCAUCCACCACAAAACUCAUCGCCAUCUCCAACACCCUUGACCUCACCGUCCGCGCUCGUCUCGUCCUUCCAAACAGCAUGCAUCCUCAAGUCUUGCCAUUCAAGGCUUAUGGGCAAACCGAAAUGAGCGCAAUCGUUAACGCGCGCGUCAACGCUGCCAAGGUUGAAGGCGUCAAGGUGGACACCACGGCCAUCACCCUCCUUGGGAAAAAGGUGGAAGCUCAGAACGGUGACUUGCGCAUGUGUCUUGGCGUCCUCGGCUCUGCCAUCUCCUUUGCCGAGGCAGAAUGGACCAGGAAAAUUUCUCAGGCCGCUAAUGACCCCGAGCCGAAACCUGUGGCUAUGACCAAGGUCGCCGUCUCACACAUUCUCAAAGCCCUCACAUCUUACACUGCUCAACUCCGUGCUGCUGCCGGUUCUUCCUCGGCUUCCUCCGCUGGCUCAAGAUCUGCCACUGGCAAAAAAGUCAAGUCGGUACAACUUCAAGGGAAGAUGGUGCUUGUCGCCAUGUUGGUGUACUUGUCUCGUACACGGGCUGGUAUGAAUGGUUGCCCGGCUAUGGGCAACAGCGGAACAAACACCCCUUCCACCCCUACCGCCUCUGGGACAGAUAUCCCUGCUUCCGCGCUUUACGCUACUUACUCCCACCUUCUUUCGCACACCACUUCACCAUUCCCUCCAGCUCCAGAAAGUGACUAUCGCGACUUGCUCUCCAACCUUGAAACUCUCGGCUUGAUCACUCUCACUUCUAGUUCCGGCCGGGGUAUUUCCGCGAGCGCAAGCAAGGUGGGGUUCUGUGUGAGAGAAGAGGACGUGAAAGAUGGUUUGUGGUCCGCGGAGGGGCAAAGUAAAGGUACAGCUGAUGAGGAGGUGAAGAAGUUAUGGGAGCGGGAGGAGGCCAAAGUGAAGCGGGUGAGGGAGAAGAUGGCUUUGACCAAGGCGGAUGAUGAAAUGAACGCGUGAUCGUCCUUUCUACUAGGACGAAAGAAGAAAGGGGAAAAAAGGCGGUUGGAAUAGCUGUUUUGUGGUUAUGCUUGCUUAUGUCAUUGACACAGGAGAUUGCAUGUCAUGCAGGGUUCUUUGGUAGUCUCUUUGGAGAAACAAAAAAGAGCUACCUAUCGAUAAAAACGUGAGAGAAACGGAUUGGAAUAUGCCUCAAUUAGUCAUUUGUGCUUCUUUACGAUGUUGGAAAUGUUUAUGAAUCCAUCAUGCUUGAUUGUAA